GUGGGGAACUAUGGCCAAGAGAUUUCAUCUUGUUAGGCUAUACAUUUUUGUAUGUCUGAUUCCUUUUUUUUUUUUUUUUUUUAAGUAGGGAGGAGGGAUACCUGCUAGCUAGACCAGAGUAGGAGAAAAUAGAACUUUUGAAUGUGAAGAAAGAAAUUAUUGUACAAUUUUUUCCUUGCAGGCUCAAAAAUAUCCAUUUAUUCUUUAACCACACGGAUGUGUCUAUUUUUGGAGGAAGAAGGAAACCGAAAUGCCUGGAUUGCAUUUAUGCUGUAGUUGCAAGCACCGAAGAGUUAAGAAGGUUUUGCCGAAUUCUGCAAAACAGCCAACAAAGCGCCUUGGGGAUCCUUGUAAUACAAGUAGAAAGACUCUUGCUUUCCUUUGGCAAUAUUUUGGAUAUUCUUGAAAACGACACAAACUAUGCCUCAGUUUGACUAAGAAGAGGUUAAACCAUACUGAUAUUCAUCCAAAGUGAUUUUGUGAAAGCAGAUGCUUGGCAUUCAUGGAAAAACAAAUGGGAGUUGUGGAAGGUUCCCUUAAACUACCAACUCAAGCAUCCCAGACCACUGAAACAGUCUGCAUUAUACAUCACCACUUUCUUUUCAUCGUUACCACUACGUAAAACCUCUGGAAACACCUUGGACGUUUUAAAUUAUCUUUUUUUUGCUGCACAAGGAAGCAGUCUGCUCCCUGGAAUUCUGAUCCGUCCUGAACAGGACCCUCGAAUAGACUGUGCUGGGACUCUAACACAAUCCCGCCUCCAAAUAGCCGGGUUAAUGGUGAAAAGUGUACACAUUUCUGGCUUAUCUAUGCUUUGUUAUGGGUCUGACACGAAACUACCUCCUCCCCACCCCCACCCCCCAGCAGAGGACCGAAAUCCAGUAGAAUCGUUAGUGCUUUGGAGCUGAAUCCUUGAACUGCUUCGCUGGUCAAAUACGUAACUUUGUUUCUGGUUGUAAAAAAAAGCAUUUCAGGGGGAAAAAAAAAAAAAGAAAGAAAGAAAAUCGAGAGAAAUUCCAAACGUAAGUCUGUACUGGGGUGGUGGUUCACGCCGCGGUUUAACUUUAGAGCUGCAGUCUCCUUCCCCUAUUCUAUAAGGGAAAUACCAAGCUAUUCUGCACAUUUUCUCCUAAGCUCCAUUUUCCAAAGGAAAAGGGGGGUUGGGUCUUUCUAUCUAGGCUUAAUAAUGUUUUUAAAAUGCUUUUCUAUGAAACGAUAAUAGCUGUUAUCAGUAAAAUGCAAAUAAUGCAAAAAAUAGGCAAUAUUUCUUUAAAGGGGAAUAUACGGUGGCUUUUUUUUUUUUUUUUUUUUUUUUUUAAGCAUACACACACUGCUACUCCUGAAGUCUGUGAGUCAGGCUGUUUCUGAGCUCCGAUAGUUUAAUGGAAAGAUUUAUAUACCGACUGUAUUAUUUACUUUGGGAGGGGAGGUGGCAGUAUAAGGGUAUGCUAAUUAGUGGGAGAUUUUGGGGGGAAGGGGUGGAAUAUCAAUUUUUAUUGCAUCACCUGUCAGGAGUGUCCAAUCAGCGUUGGCUUUAGGGGAAUUAAUUGAUGAAGGUGUCUCCGGACGAGCUCGCUUCACUCUGUCAUUUUAUUUGUAGCUAAAGCAGCGGCGGGAAUAGCAGCUGCAUUUCUUUUCUCUUUCUGCCUUCACAUUCCAUUAUCACAGUGCUCCAAUGGAGAAGGAAGAAAUAGAGGGGCCCAGGUACUGAUCUGCAGCGAGGACUCAGACCAACACACACACUGGCAGAUCAGAAACCGGAUGGUUUUUCCCCUCUUUUUGAAAAAAAAAACGAAAACCAAAAAAAAAGCAAGAAUCAAGUCAGUGUAAUUUCAUGGGGUUUUUCCUCCCUCCCCCCCAUAAUUUCGCCUAGAGUUUGGCACUCCCUUCGACGGGAAUAACAGUCUUUGUUAUUUUAUUAGCAGGAUGCCUUGAGACACACGCAGCAUCUGGCGGAGGAUUAACAUACAUCCAUGUGUAUGUAUGCGUCACGUAUAUAUUUCCUGCAAAUGGUGGGGAUCCUUUAGUGCCCGAGAUGGGAGACCUGAAGUCAGGUUUUGAAGAGGUUGAUGGCGUGAGGCUCGGCUACCUCAUCAUUAAAGGCAAGCAAAUGUUUGCCCUCUCCCAAGUCUUCACAGAUCUGCUGAAAAACAUCCCGAGGACUACCGUGCACAAGCGCAUGGAUCAUCUGAAAGUGAAAAAGCACCACUGCGAUCUGGAGGAGUUGCGGAAACUCAAGGCCAUCAACAGUAUCGCCUUCCACGCCGCUAAAUGCACGCUCAUCUCUCGGGAAGACGUGGAAGCUCUCUACACCUCCUGCAAGACCGAGCGCGUGCUCAAAACUAAGCGCAGGCGGCUCGACCGGGCCCUGGCCACCACCCAGCCGCCUCUGUCGCCGUCGCCGCAGCCCGCGCGCGCCGCUGCCGCCUGCAGCCCCCGCACGGGCUUUUGGAAGGACAGGCAGCAACUUUGGCGGGGCCUAAGCGGAGCCGCGCGGCCGCUGCCAAUCAGCGCGCAGACCCCGCGCCCGGGCGCAGCCGCCCGCGCCACCAGCCACGCCGCCGCCGCGCGUCCCGCCGCCCAUCUACCUCAGGUUUUCAGCAAAUACCCGGGCUCGCACUACCCGGAAAUCUCGCGCUCGCCUUGCAAGGCCCCUUUCCACUAUGAAACUGCUCCACUCCAGGGAAACUACGUCGCCUUCCACUCGGACCCUGCCUAUUGGCGCAGCCUGUUGUGCAGCAAGCACCCGGCUGCCGCCGCCGCUGCCGCCGCCGCCGCCGCCGCCGCCGCCGCCGCUGCCGCCGCCGCCGCCUACUACCAGGCGGCCGGGCCUCAGCCCAAGGCGGCGGCGGCGGCGGCGGGCGCUGGGAGCCUCGCCUUCCGCUGCAGGCGCAGGCGCGCGGGCGCCAAGGACGGCCUGCUGGCGCCGCACGCCGCCGCCCGCCGCCUGCUGCUCCUGCCCAGGUCCUACAAAGCCAAGGCGACGGCGGCGGCGGCGGCGGCGGCGGCGGCUGGGGCCACUUGCCUGGAGAGGUUGCAUCUGGUCAACGGCUUCUGCGCGCCUCCCCACCAUCACCACCACCACCACCAUCACCACCACCACCACCACCACCACCACAGGGCCCAGCAGCUGCAGCCGAAUCACCACCACCCCCCUCACUACCACCGGCCGCAGCCCCAUCUGGGCAGCUUUCCCGAGAGUUGCAGCAGCGACUCCGAGUCCAGCUCCUACUCGGAUCAUGCAGCCAACGACUCGGAUUUUGGCUCCAGUUUGUCCAGCUCCAGCAAUUCUGUGUCCUCGGAGGAAGAGGAAGAGGAAGGAGAGGAGGAGGAAGAGGAGGAGGAAGAGGGGGGCAGUGGGGCCUCGGAUUCCAGUGAAGUCAGCUCGGAGGAGGAGGAGGAAGAGGAGGAGGACUCGUCCACCGAGUCGGACUCCAGCUCCGGCUCUAGUCAAGUGUCAGUGCAGAGCAUCCGUUUCAGGCGCACCAGCUUCUGCGAGCCGCCCAGUGUGCAGGCACAGGCCAACUUCUUGUACCAUCUGGCGUCCGCUGCCGCUGCAACCAAACCCCCUGCUUUCGAGGAUGCCGGCAGACUUCCCGACCUCAAGAGCAGUGUCAAAGCAGAGUCACCCGAGGAGUGGAAUCUGCAGAGCUGGGCCCCCAAAACGUCUCCGGUGUACUGCCCGGCCGGCCUGGGCAGUUGUUUCUCAGAGAUUAGGAACGAUAGGGUAUCUGACAUUACAUUCCCACACUCUGAAAUUUCCAGUACUGUAAAGAGAACUGACCUGACGAUUAACUGCCUGACAGAGGGGGCCUCUUCACCUAGCCCAAAGACAAACAAUGCAUUUCCACAACAAAGAAUAUUCCGAGAGGCUAGGAAAUGCCUACAAGCAACACCUACUACACACUGUGCAGAUAACAACACAAUAACUACUCGGUUCUUCAAUAAUGAGGCUUCUGGAGCAGCAGCAAAUUCCGAAAAAGAUUCCAAAAUUCCUCGUUGUCCUGAAUUUGCUACGGAUUUCCACUCCUCGCAAACUGAUCCCGAAGAGGACUCAGCAGCAACAGCUAAAGCCGAGAAUCCCUGCAAUGACCCAGGUGACAAGGCAUUGCCAUUUCUGCACAAUAUUAAAAUCAAAGUAGAAGACAAUAGUGCUAAUGAAGAAUAUGAACCUGACCUUAUUACAAAUAAGCUAAAGUGCGAGUGCAAUGAUACAAAGGGUGAGUUUUACAAUAUGACUGAAAAUAAAGAGGAGGAUGCCUUGUUAACCACAGCCAAGGGAGGGUUUGCAUGCCCUGAGAAAGAACCUCCUUCCUUAAACCCACUGGCUCAGAGUCAGGGCCUUUCCUGCACUUUAGGUUCUCCAAAACCUGAGGAUGGGGAAUAUAAAUUUGGUGCCAGGGUGAGAAAAAAUUACCGGACAUUAGUACUGGGAAAACGACCUGUCCUGCAGACACCUCCAGUCAAACCAAAUUUGAAAUCAGCUAGAAGCCCUCGUCCUACAGGUAAAACUGAAACACAUGAAGGAACACUGGAUGACUUUACAGCUAUAAACAGACGCAAAAAGGUAGCCAGCAAUGUAGCAUCAGCAGUGAAAAGGCCAUUUAAUUUCAUGGCAAAUUUUCCUUGUCCACCAUCGCUCAUUAUUGGGAAGGAUGGGGAUUUGUGGCCGGCGUAUUCCUUAAACACUACUAAGGAUUCCCAACCUCCUCACAAGGCCCAUCCUAUAUGGAAAUGGCAGCUGGGCGGUUCUGCAAUACCUCUUCCACCUAGUCACAAAUUCAGGAAAUUUAAUUCAUAAAAAAUAUUUUGGAAGAUAUUUUCUUGAACCAUAUUACCUUCUUUUUGUUGUAAACAGCACAGGAUGGUUUGUACGAGUCCAUUAAUGGUGUUACACCCCCUUUGGAGUCCUGGUUUAUCCCAUUUUGAAGACAGAAAUCGGAUUACUUUUUUUUUCCAUUGCGGGUUUUUUUUUUUUUUUUUUGGAGCAGGGUGGGGGCGGGGUGGGAGAAGGGUUGGUUUACACACCACAGGCUACUUCAGGCUAAAGACUCAAGUAAAACUCAGUUAUGAUGGUAGAGCUGGAACACUUUACUGUUUCAAUGCUAAUAAUGCACCGGUACCUCAAUUCAACUGCUACAAAUAAAUGUCAAAAGGUUGAAUAAUAAAUAUUACAAUGAGCCAUUAAGUUUAUGCACUAGAUUUCAGACCUGAAAGUGUAACUGUUAAUUCAGUGCAAGUUUGUUAGGUUUCAUGGUUACACAGUGAGGUAGCAAGUCUCUGUGAGCCCUAAGUGUAAUUUCCUGGACUCUUGUUUGUGGGGUAUCUUUUUCUUUUUACUCCCCUCAUUCUGCAAGAGUAGUUGCACUUAACCUUUUAUUUUUUUGGAAUGGAAAGGGUGGAGUGUGAGUCCUCAUUGAAUACUGAUAAGAAGCUGCCUCAUAUAUAAUAAGAGAAAUGUGGGAUCGUAUUUUUUUCUUUCUUUCUUUUUUUUUUUUUGAUAAAGGAUGUGAUUUUUACUUUUACAGACCGUCCUGGCAAUUGGAAAAGUCCUUUUUGUGUUCUCACCCAAACAUUUUAAAUAAGAUGACUCUUACCUUUGUCCUGCUUAACUUGUGGUCUGAACAUGACUCUUUGAACUUUCAAAACAAUUAAAAUAUUUCUCUGAGCAGGAUAUUUUAUGGUCUAAGUCUCCAUAGUAAAUACAACCAAGAAAAAGAAGAAGAGGGGUUAGUGUUGUAUACCCCAAUGAAAAAUAACAGUUAUUUCAGGGCUUUUGGUACCAGAACUCAGGAUUUUAUUACCUUAUACUUUUGAUGCAUCUCUCUAGACUUCUGUUUUCAGACCAUCCUGUGUAUAGAGCAGGAGAAUUUCUACUGCAAGUGACAAUCAGAGGUGACUAUCUAUAUUUGCACUUAAAAUCAAAGUAGUUCAACAUGCAAAUGACUAGGGUCUGGCCCUUGGUAAUGGCCACUCUGGUGUACUGUGUUGUUAUGAUGGAAGCAGUAAAUCAAAAUUAUGGAAAUUUGCACUGUUGAAAAGCAUGCUUUAGCUUUAUUUUCAAUUAAAAACACUGUUUAAAA